AUGUUGCUAAGUCGAGCAGUGAAGCCAUUGGUGGAUCUCGCAGUAGAGAAGGUGAUGGUGGUUCUGAGCAGCCAUGCAACAAUCGAAGAGAACAAAAGCUUAGCUGAAAGCUAUGACGUGAUUCCACCGCUUACAACAUUCUACAAGCUGUCCACGCUUCAACAAAGAAGGAGAGUUGAUUCACCACCAGAGGGGACAUUGUUUCAAAAGUCCUUUCCUUUUCACACUAAGGACAUUGUUACAAUACUUGGAUCGAGAACAAAGCUGAUAACGAAGGAGGCUGAGGCAGAGGUUCAAACAGAGACUCAAGCUGAAAAAAUGGUAGAGGCUGAGGUGGAAGAACCCGGAAAAGAGGCUGUAAAAUACACAGAGGAAGAAAAGAAAAAGUGGUACAUGGUUAUCUACGAAACGAAGGAAGCUGACGAGGGAGCUCCUGCUGUGAAUAAGACGGAUGGACCUCCUGCUGUGAAUAAGACGGAUGGAGCCCCUGCUGUGGAUAAGACGGAUGGAACUGAAGGAGCUCCUGCUCGUACUGGUAUCAAGCUGAGGGGUCGACCAAGAAAGGCUGCUGAACCAAAGAAGUUCAUAACGCCAGAACCGACAAAAAGGACACGUUCACGUUCAUAG